AUGAUGAAGAACAAAAAGACUGAAACAGCAGCUCCAUCUCUUGAACCAUUUAAGCACCGUGACCAAUCUCUUUUUUCUCCAGUUGUAAGGCUCUCUGACCCCUUGUGAAGAGGUGUCUCCUGACCUCAGUGAGGAGCACGGCCCCCUUGCCGACCCCCCCUCGGUGCAGUGCAAGGCAGAGUGUCGUCCAGUCCUGUACGUGUCUGUGUGAGGCCCAUGUGUUGUGUGCGCCGGCCAGUGCAACUGAGUGGGGACGAGACAGGUCCAAUUUAGGGAGGCCUGGCCUGACAAGGGACAGGGCUGGCAGAGAGGAAGAGGAGGAAGCGACAGAGUCAUUCAACAAACACACAUCGUCCCGCCAGCCCAGUGGCCAUCCAGCCCACAUCGCUCUUAUAGCCAGCAACCAGGCCUCGCAGCCAAGAGAGGUCCGAUUGAUUGUCUUUCUGGUUUUCAUUGUUGUUUAUGAAGUGCAACUUUUUUCUCUGUUUUUUGCUGUUCUAUCACAAUAUGGUGUAAACAAUUAUUAAUAGGAUUGUUUUAUGUUUUUUUUCCUCCUUUAUGAAGGAGGUAUGAACGUUGUAUUCAGAGUCAUUAGGUUUGAAAGCUUGAGAGAAUGAGAAAGAGAAGAGAGAGAGGAGAGAGAGAGAGAGAGAGAGAGAGAGAGAGAGAGAGAGAGAGAGAGAGAGAGGACUUGGCA